AUGGCUCCCCACGCAAGCUCGGAUGUUGCCAAUGGCACCGUGAACGGGUCGGCUCGCCAGGAGGCUUCCCCUCUUUUCACCGUCCAGUCGCCCAACGUUGUCUACACUGACAACGAGAUCAAGUCUCAGUAUGCCUAUCAGACUACUGAGAUCACCCGCACUGCGGACAACAAGUUGGUUGCCACUCCCAAGGCUACCAACUACCACUUCAAGGUCGAGCGCAAGGUCGGCAAGGUCGGUAUGAUGCUGGUCGGCUGGGGUGGUAACAACGGUUCCACCGUCACCGCUGGUAUCAUUGCCAACCGCCGUGGUCUCUCCUGGGAGACCCGUGAGGGUCAGCAGCAGUCCAACUACUACGGCUCGAUCGUCAUGAGCUCCACUGUCAAGCUUGGCACUGAUGCCAAGACUGGCGAGGAGAUCAACAUUCCCUUCCGUGACCUGCUUCCCAUGGUCCACCCCAACGACCUUGUCAUUGGCGGUUGGGAUAUCAGCAGCCUCGACCUGGCUGCCUCUAUGGACCGUGCCCAGGUUCUGGAGCCCAGCCUCAAGGCUAUGGUCCGCAAGGAGAUGGCCGAGAUGAAGCCUCUGCCUUCCAUCUACUACCCGGACUUCAUCGCCGCCAACCAGGAGGACCGUGCCGACAACGUCCUCGAGGGUACCAAGGCCAGCUGGGCUCACGUUGAGCAGAUCCAGAAGGACAUUCGCGACUUCAAGGCUCAGAACGGCCUGGACAAGGUCAUUGUCAUGUGGACCGCCAACACUGAGCGCUACGCCGAUAUCCUUCCCGGUGUCAACGACACUGCCGACAACCUGAUCAACUCGAUCAAGAACGGCCACGAGGAGGUUGCUCCCUCCACCGUGUUUGCCAUUGCCUCCAUCCUGGAGAACGCCCCCUUCAUCAACGGCUCCCCCCAGAACACCUUCGUUCCCGGUGCUCUGCAGUUCGCCGAGCAGCGUGGCGCCUUCAUUGGCGGUGACGACUUCAAGUCCGGCCAGACCAAGAUGAAGUCCGCUCUCGUGGACUUCCUCAUCAACGCCGGUAUCAAGCUCACCUCCAUUGCCAGCUACAACCACCUGGGUAACAACGAUGGCAAGAACCUGAGCUCGCAGAAGCAGUUCCGCUCCAAGGAGAUCUCCAAGUCCAACGUCGUCGAUGACAUGGUUGCUGCCAACCACAUCCUCUACGAGAAGGACGAGCACCCCGACCACACCGUUGUCAUCAAGUACAUGCCUGCCGUCGGUGACAAUAAGCGUGCUCUGGAUGAGUAUUACGCCGAGAUCUUCAUGGGUGGCCACCAGACCAUCAGCUUGUUCAACAUCUGCGAGGACUCUCUGCUGGCCUCCCCCUGA